AAGUCCAGCCCAUAGCAGCUUAGCAGCACCAGAGGUUAUUGCUUAACUGACAUUGUACUCUGAUCUCCAUGUGGGCAGGCUCAGGCAGGAAGCGGUGAUCAAUAAGUGCUGUUUAGGUCUUUGACUGAGACAUCUUCCACCUGUGACUACCAGUCAGCGUUGCCCCUGUGGAGAUCAGAGGUCCAUGCACCACUGUCAGAGGAGGUGCAACCCAUUAAAGUAGCUCUGUAUGCGGGCAGGUUUGUCCGCUGGAGAGCGUUGCACCUCUGUUGGGGCUCCAUCUGCCAACGCCGGGGCCUGUUUUCCUAAACAAGAUCCCGAGCGUGGUGGCAGUCACAUGAUCUCUACAGAUGACUUGGAAUAUCCACGGGAGUACCGGACGCUGGGGAACAGCGCUCGGCGGUUCUCCAAUGUGGGCCUCGUACACACUUCGGAGCACCGGCACACCGUCAGUGCCGCCCAGAGCCUGGAGGCCCUGACCAAUCUGCACAAGGCUGAUAUGGAACGGAAGAGGGAUGCCUUCAUGGAUCACCUGAAGAGCAAGUACCAGCAGCAGCAGCAGCUUCAGCAGCAUCCGCACCACAGCCCGCACCACAAUCCACCUUCACCCUCACCCUCCCACACCAGCAUGAGGGGUACAUCAGAGCGGUCUGCACGAGAACAGCAACAGCCCAACUACUGGAGCUUUAAGAGUCGCAGCCCACGGCAUUCCCAGUCUACCCAGUCUGGGCUUGCCGACCAGGCCGCAAAGCUGUCCUUUGCCUCCGCUGAAUCCUUGGAGACCAUGUCAGAAGCCGACAUCCCCCUUGGGUUUAACCGGAUGAACCGAUUUCGCCAGAGCCUGCCGCUGUCCCGCUCUGCCAGCCAGAAUAAGCUACGAUCUCCAGAUGAAUAUUCAGGCGUGCUGUUCCUGCAGUACGGAGAUGAGACACGUCGGGUGCACAUCACCCAUGAGCUGAGCAGCAUUGACACACUUCACGCUCUCAUCGUGCACAUGUUCCCUCAGAAGUUGACAGCAGGUAUGCUGAAGUCCCCCAACACGGCCAUCUUGAUCAAGGAUGAGGCCCGCAAUGUCUUCUAUGAGCUGGAAGACGUCCGGGACAUCCAGGACCGCAGCAUCAUCAAGAUUUUCCGCAAAGAGCCCAUUUAUGCUUCCUACCCUGCUGCUGCACACCUGGCUAACGGAGACCUGAGGAGGGAGAUGGUGUACUCCUCUCGUGACUCCUCCCCAACUCGCCGCCUCAACACCCUCCCAUCCUCUACGGCCUCAGCGUCCUCUGGCUCUCCAUCCCGCUCACGCCUCUCCUACAGUGGGGGCCGUCCUCCUUCUUUUGCUGGGUCCCAUCCCCAGCAUGAACAGCCCCGACAUGCCCACCAUCCCUCAGCUGGCCACGGUGCCAAUGCAGGCCUGUCUCCCUCACCCAGCGCCAUCCUGGAGCGUCGCGAUGUUAAGCCUGACGAAGAAGUUUCUGCAAAAAACAUGGCCCUGAUGAAGAACGAAUCGCUGUACGCAGAUCCCUACAGCCUGAUGCACGAGGGUCGCCUCAGCAUCGCCUCCACCCAGUCAUUAGCUGCCAUCGGAGACCCCUUUAGCUUCCCUGUUUCCAGUGGCCUGUACCGUCGUGGCUCUGUGCGCUCACUUAGCACCUACUCAGCCGCUGCUCUUCAGGGGGACUUGGAGGACUCCCUCUACAAGCCUGGAGGUUCGCUCUAUGCUGACACAUACUCCUCAGCCACGCUGGGCAUGGGUUUUCGCAUGCCGUCCUCAUCCCCGCAGAAAAUCCCUGACAUGCAGCUCAGGGACAGGGACUCGUAUUCCAGCUCACCCAGCAGAGCCUCACCUGUCAGGCAGACUUUCCGCAAGGACUCAGCUUCCUCCUCUGUAUUUGUGGAGAGCCCAAAGUCAAGGCCCAGCUCCAGUUCAGAGCCUCUGUGUCUGACAGCUGGGCCUGGGGAUGGUGGCAGGGCCACGCCUGGUUUUGGUUCCUCAAUGUCUGGACAAGACUGUGACAGCAGCAGGGAUCAUCGUCUGGAGCGUAUGGAGGCAAUGGAGAAGCAGAUAGCCAGCCUUACUGGCUUGGUCCAGAGUGUGCUGACCAGAGCACCAGACAGUGACAGCACAUGCGGCCUGCUGCGUCUCUGCAUGAUGGCGGGCUGCCCUCCGGACCAAGGGACGGAGUUCUCACGGCCAUUACCUUUCUCUUCCAGCGAGAAGACCGAAACCAACAGCGACGGCUCCGCCACUGGAACUGGACGGCUGAAGCAGAAAGCUCAUACACCGUCUGCACCUCUAGCUCUGAUGCCGCCGCCACCUUCUAACACAACCCAGGUGAACAGCGUUAGCCAUUUGCAGAUGCAGCUCCACCUGCACGGUCUGCAGCAAAAUGCCACCGAUCUACGCAAACAGCUCACCCAGCUACGCAAGACACAGCUGGAGAACCAGGAUUCGGUACGAACUCUGUUGAAGCGGACAGAAGCGGAGCUGAACGUGCGCGUAGCUGAUGCCCUGAGGAAGCAGGAGGACCCUCUACAGAGACAGCGCCUCCUGGUGGAGGAGGAGAGACUCAAGUACCUCAAUGAGGAGGAGCUCAUCAUCCAGCAACUCCACGACCUGGAGAAGUCAGUGGAGGAGAUCCAGAAGGAGUCGUCUGUCAACCACAAGCUGGUGACAGUGCAGGAGCUGGAGGAGAAGGCCACUGUUCUGAGAAAACUGGGAGAAACACUCACAGAACUGAAAAAUCAGUUCCCAGGCCUGCAGAGUAAGAUGCGGGUGGUGCUCAGGGUGGAGGUGGAGGCCGUCAAAUUCCUGAAAGAAGAGCCACACAGGCUUGAUGCCCUGUUAAAACGCUGCAAGACUAUAACUGACACCCUCGCCAACAUGCGCAAACAAGCGAAUGAGGGGGUGUGGAAGAAGCAGGAGGACUUCUCUAGUCCUUCAGCAAAGCACAAUGAUUUGCGAAAGUUUUCAGACUUUGACAUCCCCACCAGCCCGCCACUCACCAUCAAUGACCUUGGGGGAGGCAACAGCCUGUCCAACUGGAGCCCCCACUCCAGCCUCAGCCGUGGCCACGGGAACCCGUCCGGCCAUCACAAGGACAAUCAUCCUCCUGUUCCCCACAAGGGCAAAGCCCUGGAGGAGCUGGAACGCCGGGCAGCUGCUGACAAAGCUUUGUCCGUGGAGGUCCGACUGGCAGCAGAGCGGGACUGGGAGGAGAAGCGGGCCAGUCUGACCCAAUACAGUGCCCAGGACAUAAACCGAUUGCUGGAGGAGACUCAGGCUGAGUUAAUGAAAGCAAUUCCAGACCUGGAUUUUGCUGCCAAGCAAAUCAAACCCUCCUCCAACACACCAUCCUGCCAGACCCCCCAAUGUGGGGCAGGUACCCAAGAGCACCGCGCCAACAAGCCCCAGCACAAGCUUUCUGGAAGAGAGGGAGGAUCCAGGCGUGGCUCUGAUGAGCUGACAGUACCACGGUAUCGCACAGAGAAGCCCUCCAAGUCUCCUCCCCCUCCACCACCUAGACGCAGUUUCCCUUCUUCUCCAGGCAUAACCACCCGCAGUGGAGAGCCCCUCAUUCCUGGAAAAAGUAUAAAGAAGUCCGAAUCUGAAGAGACUGAAGGCCAGAAGCCUCAUGUUAAACUGAGGAGGGCUGUGUCUGAAAACCCUCGUCCUGCAUCUACACCCCCCACACUUGCCUCUGGGGACAAGGAGGAAGGAGAGGAGGAGAAAAUUGCUGCCGAAUUGGAGCUGUUUGAGAGAGCCUCGCUCAGGCUCGCUCUUUCCCCUCCCCUUUCCCUGCCCGUUAGCCCUCGCAGCAGGAAAAGUGUACCCCCCUGCAGACUGGACCUGUGGCCCCCUGAGGCCCCAGCCACUGAGGGAAGGCGCUUGUCUGAUGUCCCCCACAUUGUGCUGAAAGAGUGUUUGCCGGCUUCACCCACUGCCUCAGAGGAUCCUCCCAGAGAUUUGGCAAAUUACCCUCUAGAAGAGAUUCCAUCACGAGAUUGGACCGGUCAUUACACUGUCUACCAGACUCACAUUUCAAAAGAAAGGGAUUCAUAUGGAAGCCCUCCUCAUCGAGAGCAAGAACAGUGUUGUUUUAAAGAAGAUAUGGAAUUAAAACAAGAAGCUGGCCUGCUGGUGACAGAGCUGGAGGUGAGGGUGGUGUCUCCCCUUGAGGUCCAGGAGCUCAGCAGAAUUGCAGGAGAAUCUCUGCAGACUCUGACCAUCUCACCACAGACUAAAGAAGUCUCUGAGAUCCAGCUGAGUGACAGGCCUCUCCUAGUGCUCCUUAGAGAGGAAAAAACAGUCAGGGAGGCCUACAGGCUGCUACAUUCCCUUUUGGAGUCAUCCAAGCCAGUGCCCAAACCCAGAAUAAAAUCCUCCCUCCACUUGGGCCAGCAGAGCUCUCUAGUGGAGGCUCUGAGGAGAGGGAUAGAGACUGGAGACAGGGUGCUGACACUUAAGCACAACACUGAAAUUAAGACGAUUCCUGGGGUACAGCAGAAUUCAGUAAACUGUGCUCUUCAGUCAAGUGGGUCAUCUCACUUUAUGGACAGUCUAGAAAACCAGGGCCAGAGGAAAACAAGAGAAGAUAUCCGACGCAGCACCUACAGGAGGCUGGACAGCUUAGAGGAGACUAUCCGUGAGCUGGAGAACACCUUGAUAGAGAUCAGUGGCCAUCCAACUGCAGAGCGGCUCUACACUGAGACGACCACCAAAAGCACUCCUGUACAGAUGUCAGGCUGUCCGACCUCAGAGACCAAGAAGCCACCAGUUCCACCCAAGCCGUCCUCUUUGGGCCCAGCAGCAAUCCAGGGAGGGAAUAGUUCUAGUGUUGGUAAGGUUCUCCACUCCUCGGCUGCCUCCAAACUGAAGCACCUGCAGCAGAACAGCACAGACAAGAAUAAAAGUGGCAAACGAGAGGAUUUCCUGAAGAUCCAGGGCCAGCAGCAGUGAGCGACCUGUCCAUGUCCAGCCUCUUCAGCUUCCUCCUUCUCCUGUUCACCUGACUAGAGAGCUACUCACAUCCAUCUGCUCCCUUUACUUUAUCUUUCACAUCUCCAGUAUUUACUCCAAAAUCUACACUGAAUCCCAAUCUGUGUGCAUUUGUGGAUGUGUGUGAAUGUGUACGCGCGUGUAUGUAUGCAAGCAUGCAUGCACGGGCAUGUUUGACUGUAAUGGUAUGGGAUGUUGCUGCAGAGGGCAGUGCCCAGGACAAUUUUAAGACCUUUAAUUUUUCAUAAUUUCCCCUUUUCAUCCCUGAAAACCUCCCUUCCUGUCUUCUGUGUCCCUGCUCUAUCUGAAGGCCUUGGGGACCAACAGUGGAAGUAUUGAGCCAUACCUCUCUGGUAUCAAAAUGGGCAUUUUCUCAGGCAGAGUGCCCUCUCCUGCAGCAGCAUUUGCCCCUGGCCUGAGGAAGUACCCCCAGGAGGGGGCUAUACCCUCCCUGACAGCCUCCUCCAACCAAGCGAAGGCCCUGCUGGCAAGCCUGUCUGCCUCCGGCCUGAGUGCAGAGGCCCUGCUCCUCUCCUCCACCCUCCAUCAUCACCGCCUUCUACGUGAGCAGCGAGCCUCCUCCUUGCCCCUGCCCAGCAGCCAGUCCUCCUCCUCUACUCUCACUGCUACCUCCUCCUCUUCCUCUUCACCCACCACCCAAACUCCUUCUCUCUCUACAAUCUCUUCCACCCCCUGAGUUCCCUUGUUUUCUUGUCAGUGGUUCUCAAGCACAGCAGUUGUAGCCUUGACAGCUCCAGCCUCAACAGCUGCAGGGAGGGUGGCAGCGAGCUUGUGAAUAAGGACCUCACCCCUGGAAACUCUCUGUGAUCAAGAGGAGGAGUUAAAUUUUCUUUCAGGACUCUUUGGUUUUCUUCCUCUUGUUUUUCUUCUCUACUUUUGGCCUCACUCCAGUAUGCAGAGUCUUCAUAUUUCCAUGGCAAGAACUACCGUACUGUAAAAUGAGUCAUAGUCUACUUCUUGGACAAGUUACUAUUCUGAUCUGGUUCAGUAGUUCUUCUACAGUCAUCCUGCCAGUUUGCCAGAUAGUGAGUGCACAAAUGGGCCUCCCCUCCCACCAGCAGCCUGCUAUAAGCUGAUGCGGUCUAGAUGGAUUUACUGACAGUAGCAGUCUCAUAUAUACGCUCACUCGGUGGGUUGUUAGUGGAGUAGAUGUAAUUUCUAGACUGUGACUUUUAUCAUAGAAAAUAGAGCUGCAAUAAUCACCAAGUGAGUCCAGUAGUUGUUUGUGUCCAAGAUAAUAUUGCUCUCACUUACCUGCAUCACCUGGUAGAAUAUGAGCCUGCUAAGAAAAAAAAAACAAAAGUAGAUCAAGGUGAUGAUUGUGGUUUCAAGCUGUUUUGUGUUAAAAGGCCAUUUGUGGAGUUUCUUGCAUCGCCUGUGUUUUAAACUCUGAACUGGUGCUAUAUUUUCCCCUCCGUUUGUACACACUGUGUAUAGAGUUUACAUGAUUGUCCUCACUCCCUGAUCUUUGACCUGCGCCUCGUUGCUAGUGUACAUUCCACUGUCUGACAGUCUGCUUUGACAUUUCAUGUCACACUGUUCGAAUAUUUAUAUGCAUCCCUACAAAAUUAAAUCCUUUCAUUGACAAUUAGGAACAAUUCUAGAAAACGUUCAAUUUAAAAAAUGUCAUUUUAAAUUUAAAAAUGGCAGUGUAUUCAUAAAAGCACAUUGUAGGGAGCAGUCUUAUAACAGCACAUUUCUAUUUGAAAUAAAACCAGGAGUUACAGUUACACAAACAGAAGGGAAAAUGCAAAUGGUGAAUUGUAUACAAAUGUUGAAUUUCUAUAUGUGUAUUAACUAAUUAAUUAUGACAAUCAGGAUGUUCCCAUAGUAGCAUUCUUACAGGUUGCAACAUCACAAACUUACAUCACAAACUUACAUCACAAACUUACAUCACAAACUUUCCCAAAGAGUCAAGCACACAUAGUGAUGAAUAACACACACAUUCUGUCAAACAUGCACUUGUAAAGCCAAGCUGUUUGCAGAAGCACAGACUCUACUAAUGCUUUGUUUCAGCAAAUCUUGUGUGAUGAUUAAUUUUUAAGCCACAUCUGUCGCACCACUGAUAAAGAGCACUCUGUAAAAUAUGCCACAUCAACCAAAACACGAUUUCACCCUUUAAGAAAUUUGACCUACAGAGUGACAGAUCGAGUAGUUUCUUUUGGGACAUUUGUUUCUUUUAGAUUUAAAAGUUAUUCUGCUGGAAGCAGCUUCCAUAGAUCUGUAGCUCUUGAAUGCAUUCUUUGAACAAGAACAAAAUGUAUCUUUCACUGCAAUGUAUCAUUCACACUAUAAUAUCUAUAACACUGUUUCAACUCUCGAGUAGUGCUUGAAAGAUACAGAAUGGUAAUCAGCACAUAUUUAGAGACUUACUUCAGAUACAGCUUGACCCUUGCAGGAGGGUUAGGGAGAAGAGAAUAGAGAUGUAGAAUAUAGAAAUAUAAAGCAAGCACAGUUUCCUCUCAAACACAUGACCCUUUCCUCUCAUUUUGACCUUGUGAAUCUGGUCAAACAUGACAAGCACAAAGCUACAAAUGUUUCUUGAAGGAAGAAAAAAACAUCAAUGCAUAUUUGAAAAACUGUUAGAUUACUAAUAUUGAUGUUGCCUCAUUUGGUUUUAAGACCUGCAUGUAGAAACAUGAAACAUUUCUGAAUGUUAGGCCUUGGGUGCGCCUUAAUGAUCGUAGUUGAAGUUGUCAUUAUUUAAGGCACAUCAAAGGCCUGUUGGUGAUUCCCUAAGUGUAAACCCUGCGCAAGGAACCAUUUUGAAGCUCCCUGUUAUGUGUCAUUGCCUUAAGGCUGCCCACUGUGGAGGUGACGGAGCUGAACGGACAGUCAUAGACAAAGUGAUUUUUUUCUUUCAGUCGUUCACUAGAAUAACUUGAAAUCGAAAUUUUUUGUAGCAUCGCGAUUAAAACAUGUGCAAAGGGGCUCGUGUCAAAGAGUAGGCAGCUUGAAGAGAGGGGAUUAGUUUGGGGACAUGUGUUUGAAGGCUACUUUAAUAAGGCCGGCUUUGACUUGCCUUGUCUCCAUCAAGAGUGCUUGUGAUAUAAAAGACCCAAAGAGAUGAGAGGAAGGAUGUGACAGUCAGAGAGCCAUUAAGCGCCUGUUCUUUUCCUGCCCCUUUUCACUUUGCUUUGUCUGUGUGGGGUGUCUGUGAAAUUAAAAAAAAAAACACUCUGUUGAGGUUAUCCAAGGAUAAAGUGUGAUCGGCCUCAAUUCAUGAACAGUAACAGCGUGUGCAAUAUGUAAUUAGCACUCUUGCAAUUUUACCUAGGCGGUGCUCUUUGCCUUUGAGAAACUCCUGCCUGUUCAUCUGCAAGGACCUGUUACCAGUGCCUCUAAAACUUUGUUCUUGCCAGAAAUCCCCAGUUGAUCUUGUAUUACAGUAUUAGAUCAACAGCAAUGACAGAACACUUUUACCCAAAGAAGAGGCUGCGAGAAUUGGCUUGUUGCCUUGUUUUUCAGAAAAAAAAAACAAAAAAGCACUUGAAAUGCAGAGUGUGCCAGGUUGCAGCGGUGGCAUUUGACUAAACACUCCCCAAGCUCUAACAUCGUGCAAAACUGCAAGCUCACAGUACAGCAAAUUAAGCCUCAACCUGGGUGCUCUGUAGCUCUGCCAGGCAGGUUCAAGCCCUAGGUUUCAUAUUGAGUGAAGUCAAAUGAAAGAAAUUCACUUACUCAUGCUGUUCCACACUCAAAUCCAUAACUCUCUGAGUUAAAUUUGCUGCAUUUGCGUCUGGUGAGCGUUGGGGAGGAAGUAUUCACGCUUGGCUGCUUUCCCCAAGUAAAGUCUGAGAUGAAACCUCCCAGAAUUGCGUGACAGUGCUCUCUGGGAUGAUUUUUUCAAGACAAGUGUUAGUGGGCUGUGAUUUCAACAUGGCUCUAGGCUUAGAGGGCAUGUCGAAGACACAGUGGAUGCCCCUGGCAAUCAGAAAAACUCAUGCAAACUUGAAAUCAACCAUAGAAGAAAUAUACAUAUAUAAAUAUAUCUAAGUGAGAUGUUUGUGUAGGAUAUUAUAAUUGUGAAGAAAAGUGUGAAAUAUAUAGGCCUAGAUUAAAUUAUAUAUUGUAAAAUGUCAUCAUCUCUUCAGUUUUAUAUAUUAGUGACCAUUUUGUACAGAUUUUUCUUUUUUAAUUCAUUGAGAGAUAUUACAUUUCACACUGAGAUUAUUUAUUCAUAAGCAGAACAUUUUUAUAUUUGUUUGAAAAUAUCUGUAUAGAUAACAGUCAGCCUCUGUAAUAUACACUGAAGUUCAUUUUUAAAUUCUAGGACUGUCUUUACAAACACUGAGUUAGAUUUUAUGUAAUUUUAAUUUAUGAGCAGCUUGUCCCUGAAAACGCUUGUCCAGCUCGUCUGCACCUUUGCCUCCUUAUGUGAAGGGUCACUAUUGAGGUGCAAGAGGCUGGACCAGUGCCUGUGCUUAGGGGCUUAUUUUGCUACAAUCUUUUGCUUUAGGGGGUUGUUUUCUCUGUUCUGUGGUCUGUUUUUGGGUUUCACCCCAUCCUGUAUUUGUGAUUCAGCUGGCAUUAGUGAGUUGGAGAUGGAGAGGAACACAGAUAAUUGUGGGAACUACUGUGAAAGAAAAGUCAGUUUGUGGACCCAAAGGCUUCUUAUAGAGCCUUGCUGCUUUGACAGAAGUAAGUUACAUGGCUUUAAUUUUCCUCUGUGUCAUGUUGGAUGUGAACAGGAGUGGUAGCAAUGGGAAUAUGGAUGCUCAUUCAGAGACAACAGGCUCAUAAUCAUUAGGUACAUAAGUACAUUUUGUUGUACAAUUGUUGCUGCGAGUGGCUUUAAGUAGCAGUUUAGCUAAACCACAGAAGUUGUUAAAACCACCAAGAUUGAUUAGUAAGGGAAUUAUGUGGAGUUGUAUGAAUUUAAAGUUCUCUUCCUUUUGUCAUUCUAUCUUUUAGUAUGUAUAUGAGAUUUUUACAUGAAUGUGUGGAUGUUCAAAAAUCUUGGCAUCAAAAACAGAAAAACAAAAUUGACCUGUAAAUAGGCCGAGUCAUUCCUAGCGAGUUCAACAAAUUGUUAUGUCCAAAAGAAGAUGUUUUAUUAAUAAACUAUGACGAUGGGUACAAAGGUAUAUACAAAACAAUGCAUGUAUAGUCUCAAGCAAUCGCACGGUGCAGUCGAAAAAAAAAAUGUUGUCUACAUGUUUUCUCAAAAAAAAAUGAGAACGAGAGAAAGAUAAAGAGUUCUAUGUUAGAGGUUUACAAACAUGAAGAAUGAGACAUUAUUUUGGUAUCUGUGGCACAGGCAUGUUCAGUCUUACUGUGAUGUUAUGUGACGAUGAAGAUGACGAUAGUGGCCGAGAGUGUUGAAUGUCUCGAAGGAUUCAGAAUGCUCUAACGCACCCCAACCAGAGAAGUCACCAGUGAUGUUGUACUCUUUCCACAGAGUGAUUCUCCCAUUUGUAGAGUAGUGUGAUAUAAGAUCAAAAAUAAUACAGAAAAUAGAUCUAUAAUAUAAUGAUAUAUAAAUUUAAAAGCCUACUGAUACUGGAGAUCCUAAUUUAUCAGUGUGGAUGCCAUGAUAUUAUGUGAGAAAUGUGUGUGUUUUUCCUGUGAGAAGACAGUAGGCAGUUGAACCUGCCUUCUUUUGUACAUAAUUUGCUGUGAUUGUGUGUCCAAUAAAGUGCAGCUCUCUUGUA